UGGAUCUCCGAAUUAACAUCAAAAGAAUGGUUGUAUAGCAAAUGGGGACGUCGGUUCCGGAUUGCUUUAUUAGGAACAACAAUAAUAGGAUAUCCUGUUGGAUCGUUAUUAUUGAAUGGACCCUUGUUGAAAUAUACACUUGCGAUUAGAUAUAAAGAUGAUGAAGAUGUGAAGUCGAUUAGGCGAUUGAAUGAUAUAAUUGAUUCGCAGUAUGAACUGUUUCUACGGAAUGAAGGCCGUGUUCCAAGAGAUGCGGUCGUUACGUUCGGUUGUUCUUCGUCUGGUAAAGAAAUGGAUAGUAAAGCAGUGGGAUCGUUGGGUGUUCGAUCGGGAUUGUAUGUAUCAUUACCGUUUUAUGCACGAUUCGUUAAUGUGAAUGAAGCGAUGGAUUACUGCAAACAGCAUUUACAGCCGUUAAAUUUUGUGGGUGAACCAGCAUGCGUCUUAUGGGAUUCGAACGAUGGUCGAGAAAUCGCUAAUAGUUUCGUCCUCUCUGAUAACGCGUUGAAGUUUGUGAUCCUACGUGAUCUGUAUGCAUACGAUGGUUAUUCGGCAUAUGCAACUCGUGCCGGUUCAUGGGCCACAUUCACAACGUUUUCAUCGUUUUUCACCUAUUGGUUUCAUAGCAGAUCGAUUUUCGGUAAAACUCUUCUGUCAUUCAUCGGUUGUUAUGCACUUUUCUUGACGAUGGCUUAUUUCGGCGCGAAGCAAUGGUAUAAUCUUUACAGAUUUAUGGCUGAUGUUCAUGCCGAUGGUGUAGCUUCGCGUUCGUCGUUUGAGCACUGUGAAGGCGGUAAAGAAUACUACUGGAAAAUGUUGAAAAGAAAUCGAUUACUACGCGAGAUUAUACCUCCAGAAAGCGCCUCAAAAGUGAAACUAUCCGGUGAUAUACCCGGUAUAACUACAUCAAUAUUGACUCGUUACGAUCAUUUGAAAGAUGUCAAAGCCGAAGAUGAUCAGCUGAUUGAAGUUGCAUCUGGAGAUGCAUAG